AUGGGUGGAGUUUUUAAAAAUAGAUUUUUAAUAUUCUCUGUAUUUUUAUUUAUAUUAUUAUUAAUUAAUAAUUGUUGUUUAUCUAAAGAACAACAAAGUCAAAAUCAAAAUGAAUUAUCAAUAAAUAAUAACAAUAACAUUAAUAAUAAUAAUAAAAAUGAAAAUAAUGAAAAUAAUGAAAAUAUAAUUAUUCCGACCAAAGGGAAUUUGGAGUCAAUAGAUAAUAAUGAUGAAAUGAUUCAAAUAAAAGAAAAUAAUCCAGUUCUUGAUGAUCGAUAUUCACAUUUAAAAAUUUCUAAAAAAGAACAACAAGAACAACAAGAACAACAAGAACAAGAACAAGAACAAGAGCAACAAGAAAAAGAACCGAGUGAACAAGAACAAGAAGAACAGGAAGAACAAAAAGAACAAGAACAAGAACAAGAAGAACAAGAACAAGAAGAACAAGAAAAAAUAAAACAACCACAGAUUUUUAGUUCAGAAAAACCACAAGAUCAUGAAGAAAAAAAAUCAGUUGAGAUGGUUGUUGAUAGAAAUAUUUUAUGUGAUACAAAAUUAACAAAAGAAGAACAUGAUCAAGUUAUUGAAAAGGUAUUAAAAAGUUACUUUGGUGAUUUAGCAACUGAUUCUUUAGAUUAUCAAUCAAUUGCAACCCAAUUUUCAAAUUAUAUUUCAAAUAGUAUUUGUAAAGAUUUUAAACCAACAACUACAGAUAUAGAUAAUGAUGAUGAUAAUAAUAAUAAUAAUAAUAAUAGUAAUAAUGAUGAUGAUAAUAACAUUGAUAUUAAUAAUGAAGAAGAUGAUAAAAAGAAAAAUUUAAAUACUUUACAAACAUCUGCUGCAAAUUCCGCAAAAACUCCUGUAUCACUUGAACCAACACAAAUUGUAGAGAAUAAUCUUGUUGGUGAUACACCUGUAUCAUCAUCACCAUCAUCAUCAUCAUCAUCAUCAUCAUCUCCACCUUCAUCAUCAUCAGAUACAAGUUCACAAGAUAAAACAACAAGUACUUCAACAAUAAAAUCAAAAACAGAAAAUAAAAAAAUUGAAUGGCCUAAAGAAUCAAAUUAUAUUUUAAAUUAUAGUAGUAUUUUAGAAUUAACAGAGAAUAAUUUUGAUAGAGUUAUAAAAGAGAAUCAAUUUGUAUUUGUAUUAUUUUAUGCACCAUGGUGUGGUAGAUCACAAGCAAUGAUGGGUGAAUUUUAUGAAGCACAUAGAAUUUAUCAACAAUCACAAUUUGAACCAAAAGUUUUAUUUGGUAGAGUCAAUUGUCACAAGUAUCCAAGUAUUCGUGAUAAACAAUCUAUUGGUGGUUAUCCAGUUAUGGAAUUAUUUAGAAGGAACAAUGGCGGUAACUUAAUACCAAGAGGUGCAAGUUCACAACCAACAACUAUGAUCUCAUUUCUCAGACGUUCAACAUUACCUUCAAUUGAAGUGAUCACAUCUUUUGAAAAAUUUGAAAACUUUUCAAAUAUUGUACCAUAUGGUUUAAUUGGUAUUUUCCCUGAUCUAAAUACAAAUAAAUCAUUAAUCUUUGAUUCAUUAUGUAGAAAAUUAGCAUAUAAAUUUCCAGUUGCUGUUGUAAUAAAUUCAAAUUUAUCAAAUAUAAUUUUAAAUCAUUUAAAUUUAACAAAUCAAUUUAUUGAAAUUAAUAAAAUUGAAAAACAAGUAGAAAUAGUAGAAGAAAAAGUAGAAGAAGAACAAGAAAAAGUAGAAGAAGAAAAAUUAAAUGAAAUUGAAAAUGAAGGUGUAAUAUUAAUUAAACCACUUGAAAAAUCAUAUAAAGUUUAUGAUAAAGAAUUUAAAAAUAGUGUUUUAUUAAGAUGGUUAUCAGAGAAUUAUUCACCGAUUGUUAAUGAAUUAACACCAGAUUCAAUACAUAGAGUUGUAUCGAAUAAAGUUAAACAACAAUCAUUUUUAUUAUUUUUAAAUCUUACAAAUGUUACACCUACAAUGGCAUUAAAGGAUAGACCAUUCUCAAAGGAAUUAUCAACACUAUUGGAUCAAUCUCCAAAAUGGGCAAACCAAAUCAAUUUAUAUUAUGUUGAUGGUAUAACAUUUAGAGAUUUCGCUGAACGUUUAGGUGUUACAUCGUAUCCACAAAUGGUUAUUAUCGAUUUUCAAUCUGAAGAGUUUUUCACAUCAUUACCAAAUUCUUUUGAAAUUUCAAAUUUUUUAACUCAAUAUUAUAAUAAUGAAUUAAAACCAUUCAAAUAUUCACAAAUAAUUAAUAUUUCAAUGACAGCAACAACAGAAACAGCAACCACUACUAGUACUAGUACGACAGAGGAAAUUUUGAUACCGAGUCAAAAAAUUCAAUCAAAUAAUAUUGUAUAUAAUAAUUUUAAUUCAACAGUUUUGGAAAGUAAAGAUAAGAAUUCAUUAAUUUAUUUUAAUGCACCAUGGUGUGGAUAUUGUAAAACUAUGAAUAUUUAUUAUAGAGAAGCCGCUAAAAUUUUAUCAACUCAAUAUGGUGAUAAACUUCAAAUAUUUACAUACGAUGUUGAAAAGAAUAGCAUACCAACUAUUAUGGCACCAAUAAUAGAUACUUUUCCUUAUAUCUCUUUAUUUAAAUCAAAUGAUAUUUAUAAUCCUAUCUCUUAUAAUUUAACAAGAAAUUUAAAUUCAAUUGUUGAAUUUGUUAAUUUAAAUUUAAAUUUAGAUGAUAAUAAUAAUAAUAAUAAUAAUAAUAAUAAUAAUAAUAAUAAUAAUAAUAAUAAUAAUAAUAAUAAUAAUAAUAAUAAUAAUAAUAAUAAUAAUAAUAAUAAUAAUAAUAAUAAUAAUAAUAAUAAUAAUGAUAAAAUUCAUGAUCAAAAUAUUGAAAAUGAAAAAACAAAUAAUCAAGAUAAAGAACAAACAUCGAAUAAUUUACCACAACAAAUUGUUGAAAAUAGUAAAAAACAACAAGUAAAUGAUAUUAAAAAUGAUGAUAUUAUUUAUGAUUUCCAAAUUCAUUCAUUGGAUGAAACUGAAAAAGAAAUUUCAUAA